UGGGGAGUUAGGUUGUUUUUGUUGCCAUUAAGUUAAGCAAUAUUUACUGACAUGCUAUGUGGAACCGCCUGCUUAAGAAAUGGAAUCAAUAUCGAUAUCGAUUUGUUCCCUGGCUGGCUAUCAACUUGAAACACAGAGCUCGGCGAUCAGUCCCCUAAGGGUCAACCAGACAAGAUUAUCGCGGAUGAAGAUGUUGAGAAGACUUUGUUAAACUUCUUCACAGCUCUCCAUGACACCUCUCAGGAUGGGAUAGAUAAAAUGGUCCCAAUGGUCAGGUGGGACGCCACGUAAAUUGCCGCAAGAGGUAUGCUCAGAGAACUUAGACCUGAUGUUUACCCACCUGGGCUAUGCUGUGCAGAGGUGCACAAGUCAGUUAGCAACAGGAGGGACAGGUGUGGCUGUGUGUAGAGGCACGGUUCCCCCAGGCGCCAUCGUCUCCAUGUACCCAGGCACCAUAUACCUACCCUAUGAGCCGAUAUUCUUCGCCAGUCUUGCUAACCCGUUUAUUUUCCGUUGUCUGGAUGGAACUCUGAUUGACGGCAAUGACAAACACUUAUCAUGGAUUAUAUACAGGUCAUGCUGCCAAAGAGACCGUAUUGGACUGUACCCACUGGGAGAUCUCAGCUGGUUAACAAAGUUUCCUGUGAAUCCAUUGGCUGUAGGGCAAUAUGUCAAUAACCAAUCAACACGUUUUGCAGCUAAUGUGGCUUAUCAAGAGUUUGGACAUCCCAGAAGACUUUUCCUCUGCCACUGAGACAGUUCAUUCCAAAUGUUCAUCUAAGGGGAGAGAACUCUGACACAGGGUCACACCAAGAGAGGUUGACCAGAGUUGUGGUUCUUGUGUCGACAAGACAAAUAGAAGAAGGGGAGGAAUUGUUUUCUUCAUAUUUCACUUUAGUCCACUGAUCAUCAUACUUCACCUUAGUCCAUUAAUGGUCAGAUUUCACCUUAGUCCACUGAUCAUAAUGCUUCACCUUAGUCCAUUGAUGGCCAGAUUUCACCUUAGUCCACUGAUCAUCAUACUUCACCUUAGUCUAUUGAUAGUCAGAUUUCACCUUAGUCCACUGAUCAUCGUGCUUCACCUUAUUCCAUUGAUAGUCAGAUUUCACCUUAGUCCACUGAUCAUCAUGCUUCACCUUAGUCCAUUGAUGGUGAGAUUUCACCUUAGUCCACUGAUCAUCAUGCUUCACCAUAGUCCAUUGAUAGUCAGAUUUCACCUUAGUCCACUGAUCAUCAUGAUUCACCUUAGUCCGUUGAUAGUCAGAUUUCACCUUAGUCCACUGAUCAUCAUACUUCACCUUAGUCUAUUGAUAGUCAGAUUUCACCUUAGUCCACUGAUCAUCAUGAUUCACCUUAGUCCGUUGAUAGUCAGAUUUCACCUUAGUCCACUGAUCAUCAUACUUCACCUUAGUCUGUUGAUAGUCAGAUUUCACCUUAGUCCACUGAUCAUCAUGCUUCACCUUAGUCCAUUGAUGGUGAGAUUUUACCUUAGUCCACUGAUCAUCAUACUUCACCUUAUCUGUGUACUGCUAUCUGAAAACUUAUUUGUUAUUACAUGUAUUAGAAAACAGUUUGAAUAUUCUGUGGAAAUGAUGACAGCUGCUUUAAUUUGUGUGCGCGUGAUACUGUUAGUCUUAAUUACUGUCUGUUAUUGUAACACGUCAUAUCUGUGAUGGUCAUCUUCCUGUGAUACCUGAGAAGUGCAUCUGAUAUUGCAGAUAUUUAUUCUGCAAGAAGACAUUGCAGGGCUGCGGGACAUUGUAUACACGCUUACUGUGCAUA